GUUUUAAUUUGCAGCUUCGCUAUGGUCAUUAUAUUGCACCAUCCUCUCUUCAUUACAUAGAUAUUUCUUUCUUUCUUCAUCUAUCACCGCUUUGCUUUGUUCUCUAGAGGGUUAUCAUGGGAGACUCUUCUGCUUCUUAUAUACACUUGGUGCAAUACCUGAUAGAGAAGUGUUUGAUAUUCCGUAUGACAAAAGAAGAAUGCAUGGAAGCCCUUUCUAAAUAUGCAGACAUCAAACCAGUCAUCACCUCCACUGUGUGGAAUGAGCUAGAGAAGGAAAACAAGGAGUUCUUUGAAGCAUACACUCGAUCUCAAAGCAAAGAAAAUAGAAUGUCCGAGGAAGAAACAAAUCAAAUGAUACAGAAGAUGAUCAUGGAUCCCUCCAAACCAGCUGCUGAAGACCACCACGACUGACAAACAUAUGCCAACUUCGAAAAUUCUAUCUCCUCUCUCACUGUUGUGGUUGCUAUAACAUAUAAUAUGCUUCUCAUGCAAGUUCCAAUUUAGUUAGCGAGUGGUCCCUUUUUGCUGAUCUCUGUGAUCAAAGAAAUAAAAAAGGCGACGAGCACGGAGAAUUCCAUGUAAAUUCUCUAACCGAUCAAACAAAAGGGUAACCUAAUUUCGUCA